CACUCAGCGCAUCGAUUCUCGAACGAUGCUGCAAGGCCCUUUUAAGCUUUCAAGAAGUGAUACCUAAGUCGUUGAAUAUUCAAAAUCUGCCAUAAAUCUUUCCCAAAGGCGACACAACCGGAAUCCCGCAAAAUCCACGAUGGCGAUUACUUUACCCCAAUUUGGCGCAACUCGUCUACGAUCAUACAUCCUCCGUUUACCUUUAUUCACGAGAUGUAUAAUAGCAAUCAUAUUCAUAUUAUGGCUUGUCAGUCUGCAGUCAGCUUGGGACCUUCAGAAAUGGGGUGGCUUGUAUCCGAAUGAGAUUGGGUUACAGUCGAUGUAUCGCACAAAUACCUUCCCAUUGAUACAUAUGGGGUUUCUACAUAUGAUAAUGAACACCAUUGCUCUAACACCAUUGCUGGAGAGGUUUGAGGCGGAAUAUGGGACAUUGACUACGUUGGCAUUAUUCAUGGGCCCUCUGUCGACGAUUCCUGCAUUAAUAUAUACAUUCGUGGAAAGGGGAAUCUUCCACAUGAACACAGGAGUGAUGGGUGCCAGCAUUUGGGUUUUUACUCUACUUGCAAUGGAAGCGAUCAAGACAUAUAAAACAAAUCCAAACUUUGUAUUGGGAACAGUACACAUUCCAACAUGGACCACACCAAUUAUCCUUACACUAUUCAUAUCAUUCUUGGUACCGCAUACUAGCUUCCUUGGGCAUCUUUGCGGGCUUCUUUUUGGUUACGGAUGGGGCCUGGGCUAUCUCAAAUUCUUAGCUCCACCAGAGAAGAUUCUUAGAUGGAUUGAGGGCAAAAUGAAUCUCUUAGGACGAUUACCACAUUACGUUUCGGUUGACCAAAAAACCUUUGGAAGAUAUGGACUGUUACCUACUACCAACAAUCCUAUUAUUUCACCGGAAACAAAUAUUGCGCUAGGAUUUCCUGGCCAGGCACAGCGAUUGGGACCUUAGAAGAUUGUACUUAUCAGUUAAGGAUUUCCCUUCUCUCUGUAUAAAGACUACGCAUAAUACGGAGUUUGGAUGUUCUGGGAGCGAUCAUGUUUUGAAGUAAAAACGGUGGAAAUGGCAUAUGACACACGGCUUCGGGUUCUACUUUAACAUCUGUGGUAGACAAACCACUGGUAGCUUAAGGAAGUAUGGAUAAAUUUAUAAUUGUAAGCUUUUUAAUGACAACUACAUAACUAGAUAAAGCUAUUUGAUCUCCGCCAGAUUGCGGC